AUGGCUACUAUUACAAAAUUGACAACGUUAGCCAUCCUACUAAGCAGCGCCUACGCUGGGUUCCUGCAUGGUCAUUCUCAUGACAACUUACAUGAUCACUCUCACGAUCUACAGCAUGACUUGCAGGAUCACUCUCACCAUGGUUUAGAUGAACAUUCUUAUCAUGAUGGCCCCUCCCAUCAUGAUUUCGGUCAUGGAUCGGCACCAUUGCCUCAUCUAUCAGCACCUAACGGGUUUGAAGGAUCAUCCAGUUUUUCCCCUAGUUCCUUCCCUUCGGGUUCUUUGCCAUCAGCCUCAUAUUCGGGGAGCGGUUUAAUUGGAGGGGGAUCUUUAGGAUAUAGCUCGGACUUCGGAUCAGGUAGUCUUACUGGGGCUAACUUUGGCUCGUCAGGAAUUAUUGGAUCAGCAAUUGCUUCACCAGUUCUUGCGGGAGGAGCUUUACCUGGACUUGUUAAUGGUCACCCAGUCCCACAUGGCCCUAAGGCUCCAGUUAUUGAUGAGAUUCACGGCCUUGCUAACAGCAAUGGUGCACCAACACAAUAUCGAGUACGUGAAGAAACUUACCAAGUCUUCAGGGAUGUUCACCACAGAGUUCCACAGCCAGUCCCAGUUCCAGUACCACAAACUGUCCAGAUUCCAGUUCCACAGCCUUACCCGGUCCAAGUACCAGUAGUAAAAAACGUUCCAGUGCCAGUUGUUAAGAUACAACAUGUAAAAAUCGAUAAGCCAGUGCCGUAUCCAGUGGAAAAAAUUGUCAAGGUACCAGUUGAGAAAGUAGUACAAGUACCGGUUGACCACCCAGUUCCCGUUGAGAAAGUUGUGGAAGUGCCUGUCGUAAAAUUGAUCAAGGUUCCAGUACAUGUUGUGAAGAAAUACCCAGUCCCUGUAUUCAAGACUGUUCACCACAAAGCCCACGAAAGCCACGGCUGGCAUGGACAUGGGAGUCACGGCAUUAGCUAUGGGCAUGGACAUGAGAGUCUCGGCCACAGCUAUGGACAUGGUCUUGAGAGUGUUGGCCACAGCUAUGGGCAUGGACACGAGAUUAUCGGCGGCAGCUAUGGGCAUGGACACGAUAGUAUCGGCCACAGCUAUGGGCAUGGACACGAAAGUCUCGGCCACAGCUAUGGUCAUGGACAUGAGAGUCUCGGCCACAGCUAUGGCGUUGGCCAUAGUUUCGGUCACGAUGAAUACGCUCAAGGUCACGGUCACGAUGCAUGGUCUCAAUGGUAA